AAACUAUUUUUAAAAUUUUUAUUUUCAAAAUUUUAAUAUUUAUUUUUUAUUUUAUAAAAUUUUAAACUUCAAUCUCAAAUCUCCACCCCUUAACUCUAAACCCUAAGGUUUGGAUUAGUUAAUCCUAGGAGUAUAAAUGUAUAUUUACUUCUUCUAUGAAAUAUUUUGAUCAUUUUGAUUCUUCGAGUCUAUAUUUGUGACAACACUUUUUUAGUACUAUCAUUGGUUAUUUCCCAAUGUAUAAUUUUAUAACAAUUAAACAGUUGCAUAUGUAUCUUAACCGAUAGCAAUUCAAAAAUAUAAUUUUUACCAAUAGCUACCUUUUGAUAUCUGAAAUUUUAAUUAUUAAUUAGUAAAGUACUAUACAUCAUAUAUCUAAACAAGUAUCUUUAAAAAGUAAGAAAAUUCAUCAAAUGGCAAUGGAGGAAGUAUAGUGACAGCAACUUUAAACACAAAACGAAAUGAAAUUAAAUAAUUAUUUCAGUAGAAAUUCUUAUAAAAUAAUAUGUUAAAUAAUUAAAAUACUUUAGCAUGCAUCAUUUGCAUUGGUCUCGAUUAUCUGAAGCAAUCUUCAAAUUUGGUUGUAGCAUAUAAUUUCUCAUCGUAUCCGAAGUAUUUUUCAUUUUGGUUGUAGCAUAUAAUUUCUAAAUUAAGUGCCAAUGUUAAUCGGAUCAAUUUUUUAUUUAACUUUUAAAUUUCAAACCAAAUUUUAGUUUGGGCAGAAAAUUAUAAAAAAAAAAAACACAAGAAAACAGAAAAUCGAAAUCUACACAAGAAAAACUAAGAGCAUCCGCAAUGGUGUUACCGGGAGUCCUUAAAAAAAAUGUAUUUUGAUUUUUUAAGUAUUCUUUCUUUUUCUUUUUUAGAUUAAAAAAUAAAAAAUAAUAUCAACCAGUCGCAGAUCGUCACAUGUCGUGGGGAUCCGCAAAUAGUGUAAGGAUUCACUAAAAAUGAGUUUUUAUUUAGAAAUUUUAAGAAUUGAAUCCUUAGCUUUUGGUGGAGUCCACUGAUUAUUUAAUUAUUUUUUUCUUAAGAAUUCUCCUUUAAGGAUUCCCAUUGCGGGUGCUCUAACAAUACUACGGUUUGCGGGUCAACAAAACCGUCAAAAUCAUAAUCAUUGUAUCUUUAUUAAUUAUGAAAUUGUAUACUGUCCUAGACUCAUAGUAGCGUUUUAUAUGAUUCGAAGUCAUUUUGUAAAUGAUAAUAAAUCGUUUUUUUUGUAUACAAAUUUUGGAGGUUAGUUUUGAUUUUGGCAUGAGUGUUUUUUAAUUUAAAACUCAUAAAGUUUCUAGAAGAUUUUAGCUUUCUUGUUGCCAAGGACAUGAAAUCUCAAUCCACGUCUCGGACGCCGAAGCAGCCGAGCAAUAUGCGCCUUUCCAUUUUUUUUUAUAUGGGUAAUUGUGUUUGUUUUAGAAAAUAAAACCAGCUACUUCGACCCUUGAUUAGUUAAAAGUUCGAUUUAGAAAACCCUUUUGCAAAAAAUUUAGUAUUCUGGUCCAUAUAAGAAACUUUAAAAUCCAGCUUUUGCUUAGUCAACACACGUGCGGACAAUCAAAGUCCAACAUAUUCUCCAACCUUGCGUUGCCUGUGAGCCCACCACGACCUAUAGUUUCUCUUUAUUUUUUCUAAAUUCGCUUGGAAGUUGAAACAUAUAUUUUUUGUAAGAAAAUUCAUCUGUGUUAUCACCCAAGGAAGCACAUAUUUUACAAACAUAUGCUGUGUUUUACCGUUCCACAUGACUAUAAAUCCAUCUUUUCAAAAAAAAAAAAAAAACAUAACUAUAAAUCCAGAAGCUUAGAAAUUCUUUUUACUUUAAAUAAUAUUUAAAAGAUGAAAUUUCAAUGCCUAAGAAAAUUCUUAGUAUAUAUGUCGAGGCCCGAAUAUUAGGUCUUAGUUAGGACCCACAUUUGUUUCCCCGCCUAUAAAUUUCUCAAAUCAAAUCCCGUCAAACACAUGCAGCAGAAAAACACACAAACACGUAUUCGAGUUAACACAUACACAAGAAAAAAUCCUUGUUUAUUGUUCAAUAUUAUAAACUCUAUACACAGACACACACAUAUUUAUGGAACAAGGAGGUCGUGGCAGCGGUGGAGGUGAGCAAGGAAAGUACCGGGGAGUUCGAAGACGGCCUUGGGGAAAAUAUGCGGCGGAGAUACGCGAUUCGAGGAAGCAUGGUGAACGUGUAUGGCUUGGAACGUUUGAUACUGCGGAGGAAGCAGCUAGAGCCUAUGAUCAAGCAGCCUACUCCAUGAGAGGCCAAGCCGCGAUUCUAAAUUUCCCUCAUGAGUAUAACAUGGGUAGUGGUGGUGCGGCCACAGUGGCUGGAUCUUCGUCCUCCUCCGCUUCUUCUUCUAGGCAAGUUUUUGAAUUUGAGUAUUUGGAUGACAGUGUUUUGGAGGAACUUCUCGAGGAUCGAGAGAAUCCCAACAAGAACAACAUUAACAAGGGAAAGAAGAAGUGAGUGAAAUGUUAUUCGUCAUCACUUAUCACAAAAUCAACAAAGUUUAUGAGAUAAUUAGUAUAUACAAAUAAACUACAUGCAAUGAUAAUAUGACCAUGUUUGGAGCAUUAGGAACCACUAUGUUUUUCGAAUGAAAGCGACCGAAUGGUGGUGUCCUAUUUUACUUUUCUGGAAUAUGUGAAAUGAUUUGAAAAGCAUGUCAAACUAUACAAGACAUGUUCUGAUGAUUGUUUAGAAUGCAAACUUUAUGAUCUUAUAUGCCUCAGAUCGUGAUCGUGAUGAUAAAUAAAGAAAUAUAGCAAUUGCUAUUGUUUUUUAUUUUGAGAAUAUGUUUUAAUCUGAUUGUUUAUGUAUAAAAUUAAUUUAAAUUAAUGUUUUUUCCAAAAAAAAAAAUUAAAUUAAUGUUGAUAUAUGAAUUUGUACAUGUCCUAAAUGUGUGUACUGAUCGAGACCGAAAACUUGUGUUGAUGUAUGAAUUGGUUGAUUUUUCCUAGAAUUUGCUAUUGUACAAAAACCGAAAUAAUCCAACCAAAACAAAAUUAAUUUUGGAAAAUUUGACAUUUCAUUAAAGAGAAAAAAUGAAUGUUUUUGUCUUAAUAAUAUAGCUCAUAAAAAGUCAAAUUAAAUAUAUAGUUUCUUUGCUAUAUAGGAUAGGUGAGAAGAUGGUAUAAUAUGAUCAAUAAUUUUCAAUUAUAAUCGUAUACUAGGAUAAUACUUGCGCCUUGCGCAUGGUGAAUUUAUUUGUAUAUAUACAUAUAAUUUAUUUGUAAAAAAUGAAUUUAUUUAUACAUAUACAAUUGUUUUUGUGGUUAUUAUAUAAUUUCUUUCCGAUUGACCGGAUCAAUUUUUAUUAAAAAUUGUAGAAUUAAACUAUAAUUAAUAUAUCAUGGAUUGAUCGGAUUAAACAUUAAACAAAUUAUGACACAAAAUCUUUUUUUUCUUCCACCGAACACAUUCUUAAAAAAAGUGAAGAGUAUUGUUUUCACAAUUGAAUUAUUUUGACUUUUGUCUGGUUUUGAAAGGUUUAAGAUCAACCAUCGAAUUGAUACAUAUCAUUUUAAUGCUUUUGGUCGUAUGCUUAAAGAAAACUUACAUUAUUUUAAUUUAAAAUUGUCUUAAAAAAUUCAAAAUAUAACAUAUAGAAAAAUACAACAUAUAAGAAAAAUAUAACAUAUAAGGUUUCCUCAUUUUUGUAAUUUAAAGUCGUUUAAAAAAAUUAAAAUAUAACAUAUAUAUACGGCUUCCUGAUUUUUGUAAUUUAAAAUCAUUU